CGUUGGUUUUUGAAUUUUUUUUUUUCGUUUCCUUCCUCAAUUUAAAUUAAUUUACUUCUUCAAUAAUUUAGCAGUUAUUAGAAUAUAAUUUCAAAUGCACGCUCGUUUAAAUAAUUCACCAAGCACCAAUGUUGAUAUGAUUUAAAACGAAUUAAAUUCGAUUAAAUAAAUUGCUCGAAUUAUGUAAUCGAGUCAACUGAUAAGCUCUCUCAACACCUAACCUCACAAGUAUACGUUUUUAUCUCUAGUUCUUCGUCAUUUAUUCCGAAUAAUCCAUCAUAAAUUCAGUCAUCAUUUCAUAAUUUUCAUUAUUCCUUCGUAUUUUGCUUCGUAAGUGAACGAUAUUUGUACCAAAAAUCAAAAUGUCUAGCACCGAAACUGCCAUAACAUUCAACGAAGAAAUGACUAAACAUCACUGUUUAUGGGAUCCAAACUACCCAGAAUGUCCUGAACGGUUUAGCCACGUCUUGAAAAGAUGCCAAGAGCUCGGUUUAGUAUCACGAUGUCGAAGAAUUCCUACGAGAGAAGCUACGAACGCUGAGAUCUUGACCAAACAUUCGCCGGAAACGAUUACUUUACUGGAGGAAUGUCAGAGUAAAGAUGCCGAAGAACUGGAGAAAAUUAGUUCGAAAUUCGACGCUGUUUAUAUUUGUCCGGAAACUUUUAGAUUAGCUAAGAUGGCUGCUGGUAGCGUGAUAGAUUUGGUCAAAGAGGUAUCCGAAGGAAAAGCACGAAAUGGAAUGGCCAUCGUAAGACCUCCGGGACAUCAUGCUAUGAAAUCGGCUUACUGCGGAUAUUGUUUUUAUAAUAAUGUAGCAUUAGCUGCUGAUUAUGCUUUGAAGCAUUGCAACGUAUCGAAGAUCUUGAUCGUUGAUUGGGACGUGCAUCAUGGUCAAGCUACUCAGCAGAUGUUCUACGAUGAUAACAGGGUCCUGUACUUCUCAAUACACCGCUUCGAAUACGGUACGUUCUGGCCAAAUCUUCGUGAAAGUGAUUACGACUACGUUGGCGAAGGAGCUGGUCUCGGAUACAACUUCAAUGUGCCUUUGAACAAAACGGGCUUCGGUAAUUCCGAAUACUUGGCUAUAUUCCACGAGCUUCUGUUACCAGCAGCCAUCGAAUUCGAACCGAACCUUGUGUUGGUAUCUGGCGGUUACGAUGCGGCCUUAGGUGAUGAGAAGGGAAUGAUGAAAGUUGAACCGGCUUGCUACGCUUAUUUGUUGAAUUCUUUGAAAGCUUUGGCUAAUGGAAAAGUUGCUGUUGUGUUGGAGGGAGGAUAUUUUUUGAAAUCAUUGGCUGAAGGAGCAGCUCUAACCCUGAGAGCUCUUCUAGGAGACCCAUGUCCAAAUAUAAAUCCUUUAAGCGAACCAAAUAAACCAGAUGACAACCUUUUAGAAACGAUUCGAAACGUGAUCCAUAGUCAUCGACCUUACUGGAAAUGUUUCCAAAUAUACGAUACAUUUUCACCUUCCAAGCUUCCUCUACCUUCGAACUGCCAUAAUCCUACCAUAAAAUUCGAAUACGACGAAGAACCUUUGGAAGUUUUCCCUACCAGGGAAUGUUACCCUAUUGUAACCGAAGAUAUAAAAACAUAUUUCAACGACUGGCUCGAUGAUCUCAUUGAAAGUACCAUUUUACGUUCACCAAAACAUAAAUGUGCUUUAAUUUCUGAUCGAAAUGAAUACCCAGUUUUACUCGAUUAUAUGAUUCAAAAUGGAAAAUUCGUUCGAGAAGAUGGUAGCUGUGAUAUCGAAUUAUUUUUCAAUGCAAUUAAAUCCAAGAAUGUUGAUUGGGAAAUUAAGGAAAUGCCGAAAAUUGACGUUCAAGAACAGAAGAAUAAUUGUUUUGUUUCUCGAUCAAUUCUAAAAGCAAUUCAUCUUCUCCAAACCGAACAAACCGGUUCUGUUCUAAUCGAAAGUAACAACGAGAAUACAAAUCCUUCGGAAUUAUCAUCCUACAUUGAAAUUCUGAGCAAAUAUUACGAUGAAUCGAACAUUAAAAAAGUAUUCGUGAUCGAUUUACAUUACUGCGAAGGUCAAAAUUAUGACGUGGCAGGAAACAUACUCAAUUUUAGAAUCAGCAAUAACCUACUCGAUUACAAAAAGGAAACAAAUAAAAUUGACUUGAAUUGGCAGAAGAUAAAAGUGGAAAACUGCGAUUAUUUGAAUGUAUUUUUCAAAACAGUGUUGCCAGUAGCGUACCAGUUCAGUCCUCAUUUGGUGGCUGUUUUCAUCAACUUUGAUGAUAUGACAAAGAACUCAAUUACUCCUGAAUUAGCCAGCUUUUUGAUCCACUGGCUGAGUUCUUUCGCUCUUGGAAAAGUGAUGGUGAUUUGUAGAGGAACAGAGAGCGAAUCUGCCAAAACUGCUUUCCUACAGCUGAGCAGAACAUUGGCAGGAGAAUCAUUACCGAAGCUGACAAAAUUCGGUGAUCGUUAUGAAGGUUUGGAAAUUAUUAAAGAAUUAAAUGAUCGAAUAGAUGAGCAAUGGAAAUGUUUAAAUAAAUUUGUAAAAUUUCCACAGUAAACUUUUGUACCUAUUAUCUACCUAGCUGUACUUUUUUGUUUACAAUUAACAUCGUUGUAUUGUAAUCAUACUGUUUACGUUGAAAAUAUAAUACCUACUCUUGAAAAUAAAAUUGGUUCGUCAUAAUUUUGAA